CACCUCAGGUGAGAGAUGGAGACGGAUCCACUUCAUCCGCGCGUGACCUGCAGCGGGGGAUGCACACAGACGGAUGGAAUCACCCUCAUUUUCCCGUGUUGUCUUCCAGGUUCAGAGUGCAAGCCAGGCAGUGAUCCCUGCGGUGCGGUCGACGGUCCUCUGAGUGCUCAGCCUUCCAGCCCCAGCGAUGCUGGAACGGGGUCCGCCUCUUCCCUGUCCCCGGCCUCCAUCGCAGAGGACGCCUACUUCCCACGCCCAAACUCCGAGGACCAGGAGGACUCCUGCUCUGUGAUCAGCGACUACGACUUCCCCGACGCCGACCAGGGCAGCAGCGGCGAGGACCUGCAGGGCCUGAGCUCAUCUCUCCGAGGCUCCGAGUACUUCAAGGACCUCCAGGGUGGGGUGCCGCCUUCGGUGUCCACGGCAACCGUGUCGCCGCGGAGCCAACCGCAGGACCUUCAGCGGCUCCGCCAGAGCAGUCCGGUCGUCGGCUCCGCGGGGACCCCUGAGUGGGACCUGACCUUCGCGGGCCCCAGCGGAACCCCGCCGGGGUUGCAGAACAGCCUGGUGGUCACCCGGAUCUCCCCCGUCCCGGGGGUGUCGCCGCCGCUGGGCAGCGCCCCGGACACCCGUCCCCUCGAGGCCCCCGUCGUGGGGCUCAGUUUGACGAUACGUUUGGAUCAACUUUUGACGGCGAUGGAUCCGGAGAGACCCACGGCCGCGGCGGUGUCUUGGGACCUGGUGGGAGCGGGGGGUCCGGCGGGGGGAGAGGGGGUGCUGGGGGGAGAGGGUCUGGUGGGGGCAGGGGGCACGGAGGAUCCGGACCCUGACCUCGACGCUUUCCCCAUCUUCGUGCGAUCGAUGUCCACCUCGAGAAGGCACAGCUGGGUGGUGCCUGUGGCCUGCUUCAACCAGGGGAGAAGACUGAGCCUAGACACCAUGGCCAUGGACAGUGAUGGAGAGAGGGAAAUGGAUGAAACAGACGGACCCAGGCCUAAAAUACCUCCCUACACUAAAGAGAGAGACACGCGGUGGCCUGACAGGCGUUCUGAGCUCCUGGCCCCAGAGUGCAGCCAGGCAGCACACAUCUCCCAGCUGGUGGAGACCUCCAAACAAGCUGCCAGGGCGGCCCAAGACACAGAGGAACUGGACCCUGAGGAGAACUUGCAUUCUGCGGAAGGACAGAGCCACAUGAUGAGGGUUCAGAGGGUUCUGCAGGAGCUCAGACUGUACCACGGGGCCAAACAAAGAGGGGUAAGAUCAGAGGCCAAGGAAUCAGGAAGUGUCACUUGGUACGAGUUCCUCAACAAUGAAAAUGAGGAAGAAGAUGGACCGACUGAGAAGGUGGAAAAGGGCACCAAGGUGAAGAGAACUCUCAGUUCUCUGAGGAACAGGGUGACUGGAUCCUUCACCAAAGACAAGGGUAAGAACAGAGAAAACAAGGAGCACCACAAGGAGAGGGUCAAGGAGAAGGAAAGGGAGCCCAAGGAGAAGGAGAAAGUGUGUCGCAGCAGAAGCAGUGACAGCCCCGGGCAUGACCUGGUGCCGGGCUCCUUCUCCAGCUAUGCCGACUGCUCACUGUGCAGCAAAAGCCUGCAUCGGAAGCAUGGCCUCCAGUGCACGAAUUGUGCCGUGAACGUCCAUAAGAACUGUAGGACUCUGCUGGGGGAGUGCAACAGCCACAAGAAUAAGCGAGAAAACAGGACGUUGCCUUCCAACCUUGGGUCCAGAGGCGCGGACGGGGAGGCGCCCCGAGAGCAGCCGGGCCGAGCGUCGCUGCUGACCGCCGAUGGCCCGUCGGGCAGGCCCCGCUCCCCAGGCAUGAGCUUCGUCCCGCGCGGAUCCGGCACCCAGCCCUUCAGCUACGCCUCCAGCCUCCGUCAAAACAUCUCAGGAACCCUUCCCGGGGAGAUGGAUGAGACCGAUGCCUUCCGCAAGCGAGCGGACGACACGGUCUCCCUAGCCCCCUCCACCACCGAGUCCAUCCUCGUAGAAGAUGUCCACUACGUAGCAGUGCGGGCGGAGCUGGAGGCCGACGCCCAGGACCUGGAGGCCGAGUCCUGGAGUCUGUCCGUGGACCAGCAGUGUGUCAAGAAGUACUCCAAGGAGAUGGUGAAGAGACAGGACGUCAUCUACGAGCUGAUGCAGACCGAGAUGCACCACGUGCGCACGCUGAAGAUCAUGCUGUGCGUGUACGUGCGCGAGCUGAAGGAGAACCUGCAGAUGGAGCCGUCUAAGCUGGACUGCCUGUUCCCCCGCCUGGAGAGUCUCCUCGACCUCCACACCAACUUCCUGUCCCGCCUCAAGGAGCGCCGGCGGGACUGCCUCCUGGCGCCCGGCGAGAGGAACUACUUUAUCACCAGGCUGGCGGAUGUGCUCAUUGGACAGUUCUCGGGCGAGAUCGGGGAGAAGAUGAAGGAGAGCUACGGGGACUUCUGCAGUAGCCACCUGGAGGCGGUGAGCUUCUACAAGGAGCAGCUGCAGAACAACAAGAAGUUCCAGAACCUCAUGCGGAAAAUCAACAACUUUCCCAUUGUGCGGAGGCUGGGCGUGACGGAGUGUAUUCUGCUGGUGACCCAGCGCAUCACCAAGUACCCCGUACUGGUCGAGCGCAUCCUGCAGAACACGGAAGCGGGGACGGAGGAGCACGAGGAGCUGACGCGGGCGCUGGUGCUCAUCAAGAACGGCAUCGUCCAGGUGGACGCGCUGGUCAACCUCCACGAGAAGACGCUGCGGCUGCGGGACAUCCACGGCCGCAUGGAGCCCAAGGCGCUGGGGAAGAUCAAGGACGGCCGCGUGUUCCGGCGGGAGGACCUGGCCCCCGGGAGGAGGACGCUGCUGCACACGGGCACGGUGCACUGGAAGGCCGCCUCCGGGCGGCUCAAAGACAUCCUGGCCGUGCUUCUGUCAGACGUGCUGCUUCUGCUGCAGGAGAAGGACCAGCGAUACGUGUUCGCCAUGGUGGACAACAAGCCGUCUGUGAUCUCACUGCAGAAGCUCAUCGUCAGGGAGGUGGCCCACGAGGAGAAGGCCAUGUUCCUGAUCUGCGCCUCCUCCAAGGAGCCCGAGAUGUACGAGAUCCACACCAGCUCCAAGGAGGAACGCAACACCUGGAUGAGCCUGAUCCGGCAGGCCAUGGAGAGCUGUCCACACACAGAGGGGAGGCUCUUCAGUGAGGAAGAGGAGGCGCGGGCCGUGAGGUUCAAAGAGUUCCAAGACCGUCUGAACCAGAAGGACGCGCUGGUGGUCCACGCGCUCACCGAGAAGCUGCAACUGUUUGCCGAGAUGGCGGAGACCACGGCGGGCCUGGAGGACACGGCCUCCCGCUCCAGACUGCUGCUCCGGGGCGAUGCCUCGGACCUCCAGCAGGGGGAAGCGCUGCUCAAGGGAGCCAUCACCGAGGUGGAGAACCUCCAGAAUCUGCUCCAGUCUGGGGUGAGGGAGGAGGUUGAGGAGGAGGAGGCGGAGGACGAAGGGGAGGUGGAGGAUGAAGAGGAGAGGGACGGUUCCUCAUCCCCACGGCUGGAGGGUGGGGGCACCUCUGGGAAUCUACCCAGGAGAGCGGGCACGUUCGGGGGCUACGACAGCAGCCCCAGCAUCCUCCCCAAGAACUGCAGUGUGAGGAGGAACAAGGCCAGGAGUCGAGACAGGAGCCAGAGAGCCCGCUCAGACCCUCAGCUCAAAGACCUCUCUGGCAGCCACACCCAGGAGCACGCGGUUGAGGACGGCUGCUCCCCGCCCCCUGCCAGCUGGAACCGCAUCUGGUCCAACUCCUUCCCGGAGGCCGAGUUUUUCGACAGAGUGCUGAUGCUUUCCCAACGGCUGUACAGCCUUCAGGCCAUCAUCUCCCAGCAGGACAGCCACAUGGAGCUGCAGCGGGCCUCGCUGACGGAGCGCGCCUCGCUGCCCGGCCGCCACCGGGGGAACAUCCUGCUGGAGCAGGAGAAGCAGCGGACGCUGGCCCUGCAGCGCGAGGAGCUGGCCAGCUUCCACAAGCUGCAGGCCCAGCACCGGCUGGAGCAGCAGCGCUGGGAGAAGGAGCGCCAGAGGCACCGGCAGCAGGUGGAGGCCACCGAGGCCCGGCUCCACCAGAGGGAGGAGGAGUGCGCCCGGCUGGAGGAGCGUCUGCGGGAGGAGCGGGAGGAGCUGGAGCUGCAGAGGAAGACGUACCAGCAGGACCUGGAGCGGCUGCGGGAGUCCACCCGCACCGUGGAGCGGGAGAAGGAGCGGCUGGAGCACCAGAGGAAGAUCAAGAGGAAGACCAUCGAGGUGACUGGCACCCUGGGGCCGCGUCGCUAUGGGGCGGGGCCACGCUGAUAUAGG